AUGGUCGUAAUCCACAAAGCAAAUAAUGUUCAAACAAAAGAGAUGGGUGUUGCUUUCUCUAUUCCUUUGCAAUCACUUAUGACCACCCAACAAUGGCAAGGAAUCGAAACUUACCUGAGUCGUCACUGCCUUGCUGCGCCGGAGUGGAGGCGAUGUUGCGCCGAUUGUUGUGAUCUCAAAAAGCCAUUUUCAAUUCAUGGACUAUUUGGUUCCAAAUGGAGGAGCGCAAAAGGUCCACCUUUCUUCAUACCCAGUUUUCAUGGUGAUCUAUUAUCGUCGUUUCAAAUGCCCUCCGUUUGUUAA